GCCAUCAUUAUUCUUAACCUACAUACUAUUAAUUACACAAGAAGUACCCUGCAAGACACUUGAAGAAGCUUCAAUUACUAAAAAUACUUCUGACGCAAACUCACUUCGAAGUUAUGAAAUCGCAGGACCAAACCCAGCACCCACCAACAAACUUAAUACUAUAAAUACUGUAAUUCAGCACGCCAAGAGUGGAACUCCUGCUCUAUCUAAUUCUACAUCGCAAUCAAGCCCUGAACUAACUAUUAAAAAUAUGCAAGUAUUUCAGUAUGCUAUAAAUGUUUCAACCUCAAGAAGCAACGAUAACACUACGGAGCGUUUCGAUUUAACGCAACGUAGAAAUCUUAAAUUAUUAUACAAAACCAAACCACCUGGAAAAAAAAUAAGUUAUCGUCGUGCCAAAGAUAAAAAUCCACCAAGUCAGUCAGAGCUUCAACCGGAGGGAUACGUUUAUGACCUUAAUCAUUGCCAAUAUGUAGAUGAUCGGGUUCUAUGUGGCUAUGAUAAAAAUCCAGAAGAACCGAGGAAAAAAGAAAUAAUUGAUUUAGAUGAUAUUUGCAGAAAACAUGGAGACAGAAUUGAAUGUGGCUAUGUGACUGGUCCUUACCCAGAUCCUUAUAAUCCGGACCCGGAAAAGGACAAGAUUGCUAAAAUAAAUUUGGCUAAUUAUUAUAAUAAUAUAGCACGAUCUGGUGGUAAUCUUCAUAUCAAUGAUACAAAUUAUGAUUACAGCGAGGCACUUCGAAUGGGAAAUGGUCCAAAUUCAUUACAAGACGAAAUAGUAAAAUUGAGAGUUGAAAUUUCUAAACUAGUUGCUGCACUUCCCGGAAAUACUAACAUUCAUUCUGUAACUGAUAGUGCUCCUAGUACCACUCCUUAUCCUAUUCCUACUUCUACAAGUACUGCUGCUUCUACCACAGAACUGGCCAAUUUAAGGCCAGAACCAUAUUUAAGUUUAUCUGAAAUAUUAAAAUUAAGUAGCGGGACUACUUCUAAACUAAAGCUUUCACAUCUUAUGACUGACACUGAGGUCACAACUCCUAAGCAUUUUGAAAAAAAGAGCGAGAAAAAAUGUGUAGAGAAAGACGGGCGAAUUUAUUGUCCUACAAAGGUUACAACCCCUAUGCAUUUUGAAAAAAAGAGCGAGAAGAAGUGCGUAGAGAAAGACGGGCGAAUAUACUGUCGUACAAUAUUAAUAUAAGGAUAAGUUCGGAAGUUUUAUGUAUCUGCCUAAAUAAAUAUUUACAAUAAUUCGUA